UAUAUAUCAUAUUCAUAAUAACCUAUCAAACCCCAAAAACCAGAGCCUAAAAGCCUCAAGCUCCUCUUCAUCCUAUCACUCUUCCUCUCACUUGUUUUGGUUUGUGUAGAAAUGUCUCUGCUUACUGAUCUUAUCAACCUCAACUUCUCAGAUAUCACUCACAAGAUUAUCGCGGAAUACAUAUGGGUCGGCGGAUCUGGUAUGGACGUUAGAAGCAAAGCCAGGACUCUUCCUGCACCAGUGAAUGAUCCUUCAAAACUACCCAAAUGGAACUUUGAUGGUUCUAGCACUGGCCAAGCUCCUGGAGAAGAUAGUGAAAUCAUCUUAUACCCACAAGCAAUCUACAGGGACCCAUUUAGGAGGGGCAACAACAUCCUUGUGAUAUGUGAUACUUACACACCAACUGGAGAGCCAAUUCCAACCAACAAGAGGGCUAAGGCUGCAAAGAUCUUCAGCCAUCCUGAUGUUGUUGCUGAAGAGCCCUGGUAUGGCUUAGAGCAAGAGUACACGCUAUUGCAGAAAGAUGUACAAUGGCCAAUUGGGUGGCCUCUGGGUGGAUAUCCUGGAGCACAGGGACCGUACUACUGUGGUGUUGGCGCUGAUAAGGCCUUUGGCCGUGACAUUGUAGAUUCUCACUACAAAGCUUGUCUUUAUGCCGGUAUUGACAUCAGUGGCAUCAAUGGUGAAGUUAUGCCUGGUCAGUGGGAAUUCCAAGUUGGACCAACAGUUGGCAUCGCUGCUGGAGAUCAAUUAUGGGCAGCGCGUUACAUUUUGGAGAGGAUCACUGAGAUAGCUGGAGUGGUGGUUUCAUUUGAUCCGAAACCAAUUCCUGGUGACUGGAACGGUGCUGGUGCACACACCAAUUUCAGCACCAAGUCCAUGAGAAAGGAAGGAGGCUAUGAGGUGAUCAAGAAGGCAAUUGAGAAGCUUGGAUUGAGGCACAAGGAACACAUUGCCGCUUAUGGCGAAGGCAAUGAGCGCCGCCUCACGGGACGACAUGAAACAGCAGACAUUGACACAUUCGUAUGGGGUGUGGCGAACCGUGGAGCUUCGAUAAGAGUUGGGAGGGACACGGAGAAAGAAGGAAAGGGCUAUUUUGAGGACCGGAGGCCGGCUUCUAACAUGGAUCCUUAUGUUGUCACCUCCAUGAUUGCUGAAACUACACUGCUCUGGAAACCAUAGAAGAAUAACAUUACCAAGUUACCAGCCCCCAUAACCAUUAUUAGAGGGGCAAUGACUUGUCUGUCAUCUCUAUCUAGUAGCUGAACAUUACCAUGGGUGGUUGUGGAUUUAUGUUGUUACUUAUUAUAUAGAUUUUAAGGGUCUGAAUAAAUUGUAUCUGUGCCUUAGUAGCAGAGUCAGCGCUGUAAACCAGAGUAGGCCCUGCAUUAGUAGCAGAGUGAGCUCUGUUUCAGUAACAGAGUAGCCCUUGUUGUGGAUGAAGAAGGUCUGUGGCGUCGGAUAACUUUAAUAAAUUUAUGACAAUGAAAUUAUGAUUACUAUGAAUAA